AUGUCACAGGUGCAUAUCACUUCGCACAGUGCAAAACUCUUCGUCCCACAAAUAGCACCAGCUGCAUUGACUCAUUUUGAUGGGAUGAUGGCUGCACCUCUUUUGCUUUUUCUCAUCAUCUUUGUCAAUUCAAAUGGGAUACGUCACGAGAUGCGAGCAGUUGGCAACAGGAUGUCACAUCAGAUUGACGAUGAAAAGCGCACAGAGCUUAGAGAAAAGAUGAGACCGGUGCACUAUGACUAUAACCUUGAAGCUUCCUCAGAAAUGUGUUAUCACCAUCGCAAGCAUUACUACACCACGAUAGGGUCUUUUCAACCCCUUUGGGUUGAGAAAGAAGAGUUAUUCGAACACUUUCCUAAUCCGUCGGAAAUCGCAGAUAGAAUGAGGGUAGUGGUUCCUGAUUGGAGAGAUGCGCAUGAGUUUGGCUGUUAUUACGAAUUGGAAGAGUAUGCUGAUCGACAGAAGGUUGUUUGUAUAUUUGCCUUCCUUGAAAGAGAUGAGUAG